AAACGGUGGUUCACACGCUUCACACUGUUGCAAAAAUGCGUUCGACUGUGCUACUCGGGCUUGCUGCCUCUCUGCUUCCUCAAAUACAGGCCGUGCCAACGCCGACAGCGCAGGACGGAGACCUCAAUCCUUUCCCGGAAAAUCCAGUCGAGCUGGCGGUCAAGAAUUUGAACAAUUUGGUCAACGAGACGCUACGAAAUCCUCCAACGAACGGGCUCUUCGACAGACUUAUUGAGGACUUUCAAUUGGUCACCGCUACUGCAGUGCCAGUGAGCAUUCCAGCUGCCGCGGAUGCUUUAAAAGAGAUUCUCGUUUCAGCACCAGAGCCAUCGAACCUCUUUGGCUAUGCUGGAAGCCUUGCGGCAGCCGGUCUGAGUAAAGACAACGUUCCUGACUUGCUCAAUUUCGCGAAGGGUGCCAUUGGUCCAGAGAACAGCUUCAGAAAUGUCAACCUGCGGAGAUCAUCGAUCAAAGUCUUUCCCAAAGCCGACCCGAAGGACGCACCCUUCUCUCUGUCAGAGGCCGACCUUCGUGCUGCGAUCCAUAUUCCGUCAAGCUUCAAGUACGGCGCGAGAGGAGCGCCGAACCCAAUUAUCCUCGUGCCAGGUACUGGUGCAACAGGAUACACAACAUUCGUUGGCAACUACAUUCCUCUACUGCAAGGAUCGAACAUCGCAGAUCCAGUAUGGCUGAACAUUCCCGGCUUCCUCCUGGGUGACGCACAAGUACAUGCAGAAUAUGUUGCAUACGCAGUCAACUACAUUCACGGCAUCAGCAACAAGCGAAAGGUCUCAGUCGCUGCGUGGUCACAGGGCAGCAUCGAUGGACAGUGGGCAUUCAAAUACUGGCCUUCGGCACGAGCUAAAGUCACAGACUUCAUCACAUUCUCUGGCGACUAUGCGGGGACGAUCAAUGCCAACUUUCUCGCCACACCAGGCAUUCCUCUGCCACCAGCAGUGCUCCAGCAAGAAGCCGGUUCGAACUUCAUCAAGACUCUCCGCGCCAAUGGAGGAGACUCCGCUUACGUCCCAACAACGAGUGUCUACUCAAGCUUCUUCGACGAAAUCGUCCAACCGCAAGCCGGCACUGCAGCAUCGGCAUUCAUCAAAGAUGCUCGACGAGUCGGUGUCUCAAAUAAUGAAGUCCAACAAAUCUGCCCCGGAGCACCAGCAGGUAGCUUCUUCACUCAUGAAGGAGUACUAUACAACGCAAUCGGAUUCGCUUUGUUGAAAGAUGCUCUUUCGCACGAAGGUCCUGGCAAAGUCUCCCGGAUCCCGGGCCUCGAUUCGCUAUGCACGAAUUUUCUGAGUCCUGGCCUUGACCUCUCAGACUUCUUGUUGACGGAGAAUGCGAUUCUGAUAGCGGCGUUGACGAUUGUGACAUAUCCGGAGAAAGUCACGACUGAGCCGGCGAUUAAAGGUGAGAUUGACAUCAUGAUGCGGAGAGGAGAAUGUGCUUAUACUGACCGACUCGCAGCAUAUGCUUCCAGACACCAAGGAUACUAUUGAGCGCUGAAAGAUUACUGAACGCAUGACGUGGAAAUAUAUUAAAGAUAUUGAAGAUUACUGAACGCUUUGAUGCACGAUAGAUGAA